UCCACGCCCAGUUUCCUGUGAAUUAGAACAUCCGCGUUGAUACGGAUAGGGGACUUUCAGGACUGUCACCCUUAAUUUUCACAACGUAUAAAUAAAUAGAUUGAAUGUUUCAUAGGCAGCCAGUGGGAACACUUUGAGCGUCAGAAUGUCUGGACAAAACAGCGACCAGUUGCAUCGCUCUACUUUGGGCAUAUAUGCGAGCCUGAUGGAUCAGUUCAACCCAAGUCUACAGAAGUUAGUGUCUUUGGGAAACAGCUACAUGCAGGCUUUCCAAGCCCUAGCUGUGACCAGUGAGGCUUACUUCAGCACCCUUGCUAAGAUAGGGGAGCAGGCCUUCCACACCAUGUCGUCUCGCUCUAUUGGAGAUGUUCUGAUUCAGAUUUCAGAGAACCAGAAGCGUCUCACCACUGAACUGGAAGGAAUAUUCCGCUGGUUCCACACGGAGGUGCUACAGGAGAUGAACAACAAUGUCAGACUGGAUAAGGACUACAUAGCAGGCAGCAGGAGGCGAUAUGAGAUGGAGGUACAGAGCCAGGCCAUAUCUUUGGAGAGGCAGCUGAGGAGAGGGGCUCACCAGGAUGAGUACAUUCACUUCCUGAGGGAGAGUCAGCGCGAGGCUCUGAUGGAGGAAGAAAGGCGAUACCGUUUCCUGGCUGAGAAACACUGUGGUCUCACUCAGUCCAUCAUCUACCUCAUGAACAAGACAGGGGCAGGGGGAGGCCUACAGCAGAUAGCUGAUGGAUGGAGAGACCAGGUCAACGCCACCAGACGACCUGGAUCCCGGAACCCCUCUCACCUGGACCAGGACAACACAUCCAGAACGAGGGAGGAGGACAGGGGGAGCCAAUGGUCAGGCAAAGAGGAGCAGCCUCUGGGAAGAGUGCCCUCCAGAGGCCCAUCACCCCAGAACAUCCGUUCCCGCUCCAGCUCAUUUGGCGAGUCCCUAGGUCUGGGUGGAGGUGGAGGAGGGAGACCUAUGAGAGCUCUGGUAUCCCACCCUGCUAACUCCAGCAACCCCACCCUGCUGCCCUUCUCCCGGGGGGAGGUGGUGAGCGUGCUGGUGCAGGAGCCCCGUAACGGCUGGCUCUACGGCCGGGCAGAGAGCAGCUCACGCCAGGGCUGGUUCCCAGCUGCCUAUGUGGGGACACUGGAGGAGGCCCCUAGAUCAACUGGCUCCAGUAGCUCCACCCUUAGGAGCGCCCACAGUAUGGACAACCUGCUGGACCAAUCAGGAGGCAGGAGCCACGGUAGACCCCCGCCCCCGCCGCCUCCACCCAAUAGACAGACAGAGAUGCGUCCAAUCACACCCAGCAUGGAUAGAAGGGCGGAGUCUCACUCUGACAAUAAGAGAGGAGAGCGUCAUGGUGGACCUGGGCCAAACCUCUUUCCAAAGGGCACCAACCCUUUCGCCACUGUCAAGCUGAAGCCCACGUCCACCGAUGACAGAUCUGCUCCACGGCUCCGUCGGUGAAGAGGUCACGCCCUUGGGAGGCAGUAAGGGUGGCCUACUACUCUAGUGAAGAACCCCGGGUUUGUCAAUUCUAAUCCACCAAUGGGAAUACUUAACCUAAAUGACCCUUAGUGUGUACUCAGCUAUGUGAAUGGCUGACAUGUGAGAGUGUUGAGCUCCAACAAAACAAUGACUUUUGACUUUACUGCUAAAAUAAAAAUGGUAGCUGCUUUUCA